AUGGCCCCCCGGUCCAAGACGGGCUGCUUUACGUGUCGUCGGCGGCACAAGAAGUGUGACGAGGUUCGUCCUGUUUGCGCCGGCUGCGUUCGAAACCAGCUGCUCUGUCACUGGCCGUCUUCGAGUCCCGAUGACCCGGCGACGCAGCCGGAGAUUGCAUCUGCCAGCUCAGACUCGGAUCCAGACGCCUGUCUUGUCCCCGUUAUCAUCCGCCAGCCUACCGUCCUGCCUCCGCUGUUUCGGAACCAUCGGAAUAGCCUCCUGUUCCAACACUUUGCCCACGUCACUUCGCUGCAGAUGGCAAGUCGAGUGUAUCCCGAGAAUGCAUACCUGACGUACAACCUCCGCAUUGCCGCCGGCUGCGAUGGUCUGCAGCAUGCCAUUCUCGCCAUCAGCUCGUCCCAUGUGUCGUACAUCAACUCCUCGUCGACCGAUUCGUCGCUGGAUCACUAUGUCGUCGCCCUUCGCGGUCUGACACACGCGAUAACCAGAUGGAAGUCAUGUUCUGCCAUGGACCGCAUUCUCAUCGUGGCAACGUCCCUGGCUCUCUGCCAGUACGAAGUUCUCAACGCCAACACCCAAGGCUCGCUGUAUCACCACUUGCGUGCGCUAAAGUGGAUGAUAUCCGAAAUGCUAAAAAAUGAGCGAAUUUAUGACCAGGACAUUCUGGGCUUCUUCAUCGAGCAGUACCAGUACCUGGCCAUCGUCUCCCACAUCGGCUUUGGCUUCGGCCUCAAGAUGCUGGAUUGGAACCAAGGCCAAAAUAGCCCGGUUGAUUCUUUGAAGACGCUCAACAAAGACAGCCCCAUCUAUGGCUUCAUGUUUGGCCGCUCGCACAACCUCUUUGCCUUAAUUCCUCGCAUCCACAAUCUAGCUCAACAAUGCCGGCAUGAGGAACACCCCGCGAUUGAACUGGAAACGACGUAUUCGAUGCUUCUUUCAGAAAUAACCUCAUGGGAUGGGAAAGAUGACGAAUACAACCUGGGCUACCAGUUGUCCGGGCUAAUAUACCAACAAUCGCUCCUCAUAUACCUGCAUAUGGCCUUCCAUGGUCCCAAGUCACCCACGACAGGCCUCAUCGCAAAGGUCGAACCUUGCAUUGAGUUGUGUCUGCAAUACAUUGAAAGCCUGCCAGCGGAUGCUCAUACUUGGACUACUUCCAUGUGGCCCUCCCUGGUAUCUGGGUCAUGCAUGCUUCUAGAAACGCAGAGGAAUCGCCUCUCCAGAAUCUUGUCCGACUCAUUGAUCAGGUUCCCGACUCUCGAGGGCAUGCUUAAGGCACUUAUUAUAUAUUGGAAUGACUUGGACGAGGAUAUAGACUUGUAUGGCCCUCAUGGGUUCGAAAUGACGAUGAAGCGGCAUAAUAUCAUCCUUUGUGUUGGGUGA